CAUAAUUUUAUUUUGUAACUUUCUUUUCCGAAUAACUUCAAAUACUAUCAAAAUUCUAGGUCUUCCAAAAUGGAAAUGCUAACCAAAGACAACACAGCCCCUGUAGAUGGGCUACCAAUGGAACCGCAGUUACCAGAACUCAGCCUGAAAGAUUUUCGGAACAGCAAUCGGAUGCCAUCACUUCUGAAGGAAAUCCACUUGCCCAAGCAGAAAAAGAUCUUGGAAACGCUCAAGAACUUUUGGCAGGAAAACAAUAGCCACGAUUUUGUGGUUAGGAUCGGUGAAUUUGAUUUCCCCUGCCAACGUCUAAUCCUAAUGGUCUAUAUAGACCUCGUGAGGCAGGAACUAGAUAAAACUGAGCUGCGAUUGCCAGAGAACUUGGUAAGGCCGGAGAUCUUUGAACCACUAUAUGCCUGGAUGAGUGAUAAGGAACCGCUGGUGAAGCGUCCGGGAAUCGUUAGCCUCUUGUUGGCGGCGGAUUAUCUAAAGGUCGAGGAGUUGUCCUGCCAGAUCUGGCACUGUUUGGAUCACGCCUCGGGUUUCGGGGAGCAUCAGGCCAUUCAGGUGGCCCUGGAUGCACUGCCCUUCAGAGAUCUGUAUCGUCUGCAUCACCUGAUGCUGCAACGGAUACAAUACUUCUUCCUGGUCUUUGUAUCCUCCGUUGAGUUCCUCGACUUGCCCAUCCACAGCCUCUGCGUUCUGCUCUCCUCGAACGAGAUCCGGAUCAACAGUGAGGCGGAGGUUUUCUACGCCGCCAUCCGCUGGCUGAAUCACGAAUGGCCCACCCGUCAGGUUCACGCGAUGGAGGUCAUGGAAAAGGUGCGAGUCUGCGGGAUGCCCCUCGAGCUGCUCCUGACGUUCGAGUCCCCGGUGGACGACAUUCGUGUGGACCGCAUCAUCCAGCUGCCGGAAUUGAGGACGUUCAUAGAGAAGGGAAGCUUCGACCAAGUGGCCAUGCAGUUCGACGACGGAACAAGGUUUUAUAAGCAGAUUUAUGAGAUUUUCGACGUGACACUGGCGCAACCCCGGAGCUUCAUCUGUCACUAUUUGUCACCUUACCACAAGCCGGAGCCAAAUUCACCUGACCAGGUGUUCAGGUACGCGGACUUCCUCGGCUACCUGGGCGUCCUGCAGACUCUGCCUUUGGACGCCUUGAAGCUGCUCGAAAAGCCCCUCUGAUGGUCCAAAUGGCAUUGCAUGCUCCAGAAGUCCUCCCUGCUCUGCUCCUGCCUUGCUGAUGAUGAUGAUGCGGUGGCUGUGCAAGAUGACAGCGAUCGUUCCGCGAGGCAGUAACACCAAAUUUGCAUUACCUGGGCAGGUGUGUUCCUGCCUCCACUCUCCGAUGAAUUUAAUGCCAGUCGCGUUCCUAACGAGGGCUGAUUGAAAAGUUGGUGCAACUGCAGGAGCCACUGUGCUUUAUAGGCAAACCAAUGUAUUGCCUCCUUUUGUAUAGAUUUAAUAAACUGACAGUUUUGUAGACGUUUUGAAA